AACGCAGGCAGUCCUGCACAGAAGAUCAACAUUCCCUCCUCGCCCAUCCAGCGUGACAUCAAAAGCGACGUCCUAGGUCGGCUAGCCAGCCACCAUUCCAUGCUGGCUUCCACUGCUGCCCCAUUUCUGCCCACUCGCUCCUUCCAUCCAGCAGCUCCUCCUCCUUCCAAGAGAUGGCCGCGGCGGAACCAGCCUCCUCGACUGCCGCUGAGCGGCUGCUGGAGGUGUCGGAGGAGGAGGUGGUGAUCGACUUCAAGCCCAACGCCAAGUGCCGCGCCGACCUCCGCCUCCGCUCCCUGCACCCGUCCCUCCCCGUCGCCUUCAAGGUCCAGACCUCCUCCCCGCUCAAGUUCCUCGUCAGCCCGCCGCGGGGCGCCGUGCAGCCGCUCUCCUCGGCGUCCCUCCGCGUCGUGCUCCGCCCGCAGCCGCACGCGCCGCCGUCCUUCCCGCGCUCCCGCGCCGACCGCUUCCUCGUCCUCUCCUCGCUCUCCGCCGCCACCCUCGACGCCGCGGGCGCCACCGACGACACCAGCGGCGGCGGCGGUAGCGGCGUGAGCGCCGUCCGCCUCCGCGUGUUCUUCGGCGGGCCGUACCUGCUCCGCCUCGCCGCGGACGCCGGGGACGCCUCGGCCGUGCGCCUCAUCCUGCGCCGGCAGCCGCAUCUGCUGCCGUUCCUCGAGCCCCCGGCCGCGGCGCCCGACGCCGAGCAGUGGGCGCCGCUGCACGCGGCGGCCGCGGCCGGCGAUGCCGAGGCGGUGGCGGUGCUGGUGGACAUGGGCGCCGACACGUCGGCGGCCGACGCCCGCGGGAGGACGCCGCUGGACGUGGCCCGCGAGAAGGGAUACCAAGAGGUGGUGGACGUCCUGGAACGGUGGGAGCUGGUAAUGACGGCGGCGAGGCGCGGCGACCUCCCGAGCCUCGAGUCCCUGCUGGGCAAGCGCGCGGGCGUCCGCGGCCGCGACCAGUACGGCCUGACGGCGCUGCACCUGGCCGCGAUCAAGGGCCACUGCGACGCGGUCGCGCUGCUGGCGGGGUCGGGGUGCAUGGACAUCGAGUGCGAGGACGUGGAAGGGCACAGGCCGCUGCACCUCGCCGUCGAGGGCGGCCACGCCGAGGCCGUCGAGCUGCUGCUCGACAUGGGCGCCGACGUCAACGCCAGGACCAGGCGCGGCGCCACGCCGCUCCAGAUGGCGGAGGCCAUGGGGUACGAGGCUAUCGCCCAGCUCCUGUGCGAUAGGGGCGCCGAGGUGGCCGCCGUGCCGGCGUUGUGCGUCGCGUCGUCGUCUUCGUCGUCCAUAUCGUGCGCCUGAUUUCGCUGGGCUCAGUUCAGAAAAUGUUCCGGGGACAUGAUAUGGCACUGUAUAGUCUACAGAUGUGUUUGUUAUUUUUUAUUGGAGAGUAUAUCAUGCACUGUUAGUGUUAGCAUGCAAUUGCAAUGCUUUACAUGUUGACAUUAUGUUGUCUAUGUUUUUUUAAAAGGAAAAGUUUCCGGUUCAUUCA